UUGUAUUCUUGCAUCUGUUAUUGUUUAUUAAUCUUUGCGUAGACAAGAAGUAAACAGGAUUCGUGAAAUGAUUCUGAGUAGUGAAUACACAUGUUUUUGCUCUGGGCUCCAUUAUAAGGGAGUUGCGCGUCACUUCAGUAGGAUUAGGCAGAUAUUUAUUUCUCAUGGACUUGCUACUCUGACAGAUGCAGGCGGCAGAAGUAGAGAAGCAGGUGGUGGAGGUGGAGGGGGUUCGUCCCCCUGCGCGGCCUGCAAGCUCCUCCGGCGAAGGUGUGCACAUGACUGUGUGUUUGCACCUUACUUCCCUGCAGAUCAACCCCAUAAGUUCGCCAGCGUCCACAAGGUCUUCGGUGCUAGCAAUGUCAACAAGAUGCUCCAGGAACUGCCCGAGCAUCAAAGAGGUGACGCGGUGAGCUCCAUGGUGUAUGAGGCGAAUGCGAGGGUGAGGGAUCCAGUCUACGGUUGUGUGGGAGCCAUCUCAUCUUUACAGCAGCAGAUCGACAUGCUGCAGGCGCAGCUCGCCCUUGCGCAGGCUGAAGUUGUGCGCAUGCACGUCCGCGUGCGCCAAUUCUCAUUCUCAAAUACUAACAAUAACUAUUCAUCCUCUGACAAGGAUGCCUCUCCUUCCUCCCUGUCUCAUCAUCAGCCCAAGUCCCUUUUUACCAUCGACAUGGACAUGGAUAUGGACAUGGACGAAGAUCGUCACGCCAUUUGGCAUCAUUGAAACUCCGGCUACGACUAUUACUACUGCUACGACUACUAUUGCUAUAAAAAAUGACAUCUGGAUUGUUUUUCCACCAUUUGUCGCCGGGUCUUUUUCUUAUAUAUAUAUUCUUCUUUUUUUAGCGCUUUUUGCCGCUUUUUGUUUUGUGUUAACGAGGGCGUCUUAUAACCACCUGAUCACCAUUGCUGUUGUAUAGCUAUAUGAGUAGUUUUUAGUUAGUGCAUUUGGUGCUGAAUGAAUUAAUGAUUAAUAUGAAUAUGAAUAUGGCUUUGAUUUAUUGUAAACAA